UAAAAGGGUCAAACAUCCAAGGGUUGAAGGCUUUUUUAUUGGCUCUGUAUAUCUGUGUAAAUAUGUUAGAGUGAUUGAAACGGCCUGUGCUGAGUGAGGAUGUUUUGACUCCCCCUCUCCUCCAUCACCAUGAAUGUGUCGCUCCGUCUCAUCCCCCAUAAUGAGGGUGUAGCUCCGUCCUCUCUCCUCCCUCCUGUGUUGAUGUCACUCAGAGGCAGGACUUCAGGAUUCGUCGUUCAGAGCACAAACUUUUCCCACAGAGCAGACAGAGCGAGCUCACAGAGGAGGAAACUUCUCUUUCUGUGUUUCUGUCUGUGGUUUGAUGUUUUGGACUCUUCAGGAGAGAAAUGAGAGAGCAGAGAGGAACCUGCUGAGACUGACACAGAAACACAGAGACAUGGACAAACAGAAAGUGUUGGGGAAGCUGGUCUUGGACCUGCAGUCCUUCCUGUCUGUUCUGGACUCAGAGAAUCUGAGUUACAUCGCUCAGGCUCAGAAGAAAUCCAUCUCUGAGCUUCUGUCCAAACUGCAAACCAACGACUCUCCAGUUGAAGAUGCUGAGUAUAUGAUCAUGAGCUGUCCAUCAUCAUCACCCAGCAAUGAGCUGACAGACACACCUGGGACAGAAGCAGUGGGGUCGUCUGAGCUGGUCUCAAAGCAGGACUCACCUGUGUGGCCGAGAAACUCGGUUCAGGGUCCCGUGGUCCCGCCCCUCCCACCAGGCGGUCUGGGAGGUGAUGAUGAUGAUGAUACGUACGAGGAGGCAGAACCUUACAUAGCUGACACGACGACAUCCAACACAGAGAGGGCCGACUCGGACAGCAGUCACUACGAGUCGUACGGUGAGGAGGAUGAUGAUGAAGAGGAGGCUGUGAAGGACAGAGCUCACUACAUCCAAUGGAGUGCCUCGCAGCCCUGCUUAAGACCCGCCCCCGAGUCCCGUCUCUGUGGUUACCUGUGGAGGAGGAAGUGGCUGGGACAGUGGACCAAACAGCUGUUCAUCAUCAGGAACGACGUGCUGCUGUGCUAUAAGUGUGCUCAGGACCUGCUGCCUCAGCUAGAGUUAAACCUUCGCGGCUGUCAGCUCGUCUACAAGUCCAAGACCAACAGGAAGAUCCAGCACCAGCUCAGACUGGUUCUACUGGGAUCAGAGUCCCUGGUGCUGGGAUACAGCAGCUUCCAGCAGGCCGACGAGUGGAGGAGGGUGAUGGAGGAGGUGAGUGUCGGAGCAGAAGCUGAGACCCAGAGCUCCUCGUCUCUGAACAAAUCAGACCAGCUGCUGUCCUGCAGGUCCAGUACAGUCCUGUCUGAGUCUGAAGAGGAAAAGCCUUCAGCCCACCUCAACAAAAACAAAGAUUUCCUGAGCGUGCUGAUGAAUUGUCAGUGGCAGAGUUUACGCUGCCAGGUGGAGGCCGGUCUGCUCAACAUGUUCGGACAGGAAGAAGAGGAAGAGGAAGGAGGUGGUGAGGUAAAGAAGGAGCGGUCGCCUCAGUACACCGUUCAGCUCAGAGGAUGUGAGGUCAAACCAGGGCCUGACACUGACCACUCCUACAGGAUCACAUUGAGCAUGCUCGGUGACCAGGUGGCUGUGCUGGAGGUCAGUAGUUUAGAAGAAAAGGAGCGAUGGUUGAAUCUGCUACAGGAUGGAGCUGCCAAUCAUGGUCACCAUGACAACCACACACAGGAGCACACAGGUGGAGCCCUCAGGGGGCUUCAGACUCGAAGGUUUCCCACCUGCAACACCUACAUGGAUGACCCUUUCCAUCUGAGCAGAGAAGGCCGAGGCCAGCCCAUCUACUCCAACACCUCCAUACUGGAGCACAUGCUCAGCAGCUCUCAGGACUCUGUUCGCUGCAGCUCCUUGUCUUCCCGAGACUCAGUGACCUACAGCAACACCGUCUUCACGACUCAAAGCAGGAAGUCAGCAGACAUGGAGCGAGCCAUUCAGAAGCUGGAGCUGACGGGGAAAAGGCCGGAGGUGAAGCUGAGGGCGGGCUCAGAGAUCAACCUGGCAUCCGUGGGGAAGCAGAACAAACGCACAUCCUUUAGACAGUCGCUGGCCGUCUGCACAGAGCGUGCUCAGACUGGUUUCCUGAACCCUCUGCUGCGACGGACGGCCUCGGCUAAAAACUCUCUGAAACGAGCUCCUUCAGCACUCUUCAUCGAACACGGGAAGGUUUUCCAGAAGAGGAGGGAGUGGGAAACUAAAGCUGCGGCUUGAUGCCGUCCAUGUGAUCGUCAUAUGGACUGAAGAGCCUUCAGAAUACAUCAUGGAUUUAUUUAAAGUGACAAACUAAAAACUGUUUUUUAUCAUCACUCUGAGUUAAUUUAUACUUUCUGUGCUCACUUGUUACGUUUGUGACCUUAAACUGUCCACAGAAAUACUUUUAACCACUACAUUUCUGAUCCAUUUCAACACUUUAAUGUGUUCUAAUAAGAACUGUUGUUGUAUUUUAUUGGUGCUUAAACAAGUGUUCUUCCUGCUUUUCAGCCAAUCAGAGAGGAGCGUCUGUGAGGCAGGAGUCUGCGCAGGGUAAAAAUGUUUGUUAAAGACAUAGUUUAGUAUCUUUCAGUGUGGUUUAAACAUUAGUGGUCAGGAUUUUUGUACUUUGUUAAAUUUUGAUGUAAAUUGGUUUGAUAGCACAUUUUUCUAGAACGGUCUUCUUUAAUCCUGCAUGGGUUCUUCAGUGUCAUUCAUACUUUUAUAACAAGUGGUGGAAGAGGUAAAGAGAUACAAGACUCUAGUAUGAAUAUGAAAAUUCAGUAUAGAAGAUGUUCCAACUAUUUCCCCCCAUCAUUAGGAGUAAAUUUUGAUAUGUUUCAGAAGAGCUCAGUCUUUCUCUUGUUUACUCAGGAUAUCAACACUGGCUUUCAGUGCUAAUGAGUCAUUUUCGAUCAUUUCGAAAAUGACCAAGAAUUCGGCCACCUGACCAUUACAUCAGCAGGGACUGUAAUGAGAUUGUAUUCAAAUCUAUGUUUAAAAUGGAGUUAUUCCCCUUUUGCAGCUAUAACAGCCUCCACUGUUCUCGGAAGACUUUCAGCAAGAUUCUGGAGUGUUUCUGUGGGGAUUUGUGGCCAUUCAUUCUGUAGAGCAUUUAUAAGGUCAGGCACUGAUGUUGGACCAGAAGGCCUGGCUCACAAUCUCUGUUUCAGUUUAUCCCAAAGGUGCUGGAUGGGGUUGAGGUCAGGGAUCCAAACAGGCCAGUUCAGUUCCUCAACACUGAACUCAUCAGAUCCUGUCCUUAUAGUCCUUCUUUGUUCACUGGGGCACCGUCAUGCUGGAAUAG